UAUAAGUUAAACAUAUAUUACUGGUGGAACAAUUUUAUUAUAUAAUUUGAUAUUAUAAUAUUCUAAUUUUAUUUGAUAUUCAAAGAUAAGCUGAAAGAAUGACUAAAGCUAUUUGUGAUAUACAAGGAAAGGCUAAAGGUGUCAUCGAAUUUUUUCAAAAAGAUGAACAUAGUCCUGUUGAAAUCAAAGGUAAUUUAGCUGGGUUAGAACCAGGAAAACAUGGAUUUCAUGUUCACGAAUUUGGGGAUUUGACACAAGGCUGUACUUCAGCAGGAAUUCAUUACAAUCCAGAUAAAAAAACACAUGGUGGUCCAGAUGAUUCAAUAAGACACAAUGGUGAUUUAGGGAAUGUAACUUCAGAUGCUUCAGGAAAAUGUCAUAUUAGCAAGACAGAUAAAGUUAUAACAUUGUAUGGGCCAAGAAGUAUUAUUGGAAGAAGCUUAGUUGUGCAUGCAAAAGAAGAUGAUUAUGGCAAAGGUGGUGAUGAAGAAAGUUUAAAAACAGGAAAUGCUGGCGAAAGAGUUGGAUGUGGAAUUAUUGGAUUAGCAAAAGACUGAUUUACUUAUAUUUAAAAAAACUAAAAAAAAAACUUUUGUCAUAGUAAAAAUCAAAUAUAUUUAAAAUUUUUGAACAAAUAAUCAUGUAUUUAAAUUAAAUAUUGACAUAAUUGUUUAUUUUAUGUUAUGUUAUAUUAUAUAAUAAAAUAAUUAAUUAUUUAUAAA